UCCUGUUAUACGUGUCGGUUAUUUGUUGAUGGAAGUGUAGUGUAGACGACAACCAUGGGGCUGGGUGGUUUUGGUGAUCCGAGACCUAAAAGAUCUCACAAUCCUGACAAGCAUGGAUUGUUUUCUAAUGCAUCGGGAUGGAAAAGUCUAAUUACAUUCACAGUCUUAGCUUUAGCAUGGAUUUCUGGCUUUGCCUCACGUCUCUUUGCAGUUAUAAGAUUUGAGAGCAUCAUUCACGAGUUUGACCCAUGGUUUAACUAUCGCUCCACAGCGUAUAUGGUUCAACAUGGCUUCUACAAUUUCCUCAACUGGUUUGAUGAGCGUGCUUGGUAUCCACUUGGACGCAUUGUUGGCGGAACGGUUUAUCCUGGGCUUAUGAUUACAUCUGGAAGUAUACAUUAUGUGUUACACAGCCUUAAUAUUCCUGUCAAUAUCAGAGACAUCUGUGUCUUCCUUGCACCUGUAUUCAGUGGCCUGACAGCAAUUUCAACAUACUUGCUUACAAAAGAAAUAUGGUCAUCUGGUGCUGGUCUCUUUGCUGCUUGUUUCAUUGCCAUAGUUCCUGGUUACAUUAGUCGAUCAGUAGCUGGCAGUUAUGACAAUGAAGGCAUUGCUAUAUUUGCUCUUCAAAUAACAUAUUUCCUAUGGGUUCGUUCAGUCAAGACUGGAUCUAUCUUCUGGGCAUGCCUCACAGCUCUUUCUUACUUCUACAUGGUGUCUGCAUGGGGUGGUUAUGUUUUUAUCAUAAAUUUAAUCCCAUUGCACGUCUUUGUUCUUUUGUUGAUGGGACGGUAUUCAUCUCGUCUAUUUACCAGUUAUACUACUUUCUAUAUAAUGGGGCUCAUCAUGAGUAUGCAAAUUCCUUUUGUCGGCUUCCAACCGAUUCGUACAUCUGAGCACAUGGCUGCAAGUGGUGUAUUUGCAUUGAUGAUGGCUCUAUCAUUUCUAAAAUAUGUUCAAACCAUUUUAACUAAAGCAGAGAUGAGAUAUUUCUACAUGGUGGCUGUUGUGGGAGCAGGAGGUCUUGUCUUCCUGACUGUGGUUCUUUUGACUUAUGCUGGGAUCAUUGCUCCAUGGAGUGGUCGAUUUUAUUCUCUGUGGGACACUGGCUAUGCUAAAAUUCACAUUCCAAUUAUUGCCUCAGUAUCUGAACAUCAACCAACAACAUGGUUUUCGUUCUUCUUUGAUUUGCACAUACUAGUUACCACUUUCCCAGUUGGACUUUGGUACUGCAUUAAGAGCAUUAAUGAUGAAAGGGUUUUCAUUAUUUUAUAUGCUGUCAGUGCUGUUUACUUUGCUGGUGUGAUGGUCCGAUUAAUGUUGACUCUUACACCUGUAGUCUGUGUACUCAGUGGAAUAGCAUUUUCACAUCUCUUGGGCUUAUAUCUCAAAGAGGAAGAAAACCCAUCUUCUCCGGACUCUGAUUCUGAAGAUGAUGGGUCUAGUGAAAAGAGUAGCCGUAAUUUGUACGAUAAGGCUGGAAAACUCAGAAGAAUGCGCCACGAACAGAUGAGAGAAUCUGAUGGUUUAGGUAGUAAUGUUCGUGGUAUUGUUGUGAUGGCUAUGCUUAUGAUGCUGAUGAUGUUCGCAGUGCACUGCACAUGGGUCACCGGCAAUGCAUAUUCCAGUCCUAGUAUUGUGUUGGCUUCCUAUGGGCAGGAUGGAUCUCGUCAAAUUUUAGACGACUUCCGUGAAGCAUAUUAUUGGCUCUCCCAAAAUACCCACAGUGAUGCUCGAGUGAUGAGCUGGUGGGAUUAUGGCUAUCAAAUUGCUGGAAUGGCUAACAGAACUACCUUAGUUGAUAACAACACUUGGAACAACAGCCACAUUGCAUUGGUUGGAAAAGCUAUGUCAUCUAAUGAGAGUGAGGCUUACAAAAUUAUGACUUCUUUAGAUGUUGAUUAUGUACUGGUAAUUUUUGGAGGUGUCAUUGGGUAUUCUGGUGAUGACAUAAACAAAUUCUUGUGGAUGGUGAGGAUUGCUGAGGGAGAACAUCCCAAAGAUAUUAGGGAAAGUGAUUAUUUUACCGAAAGAGGAGAAUUUCGAGUUGAUUCUGAAGGAACUCCAACAUUAUUGAACUGCCUUAUGUAUAAGUUGAGUUAUUAUAGAUUUGGAGAAUUCCGUAUGGAUUAUAGAUCUACACCUGGUUUUGAUCGCACCAGAAAUGUUGUAAUUGGGAACAAGAACUUUGACUUAACAUAUCUGGAAGAAGCUUAUACUACUGAACAUUGGCUUGUGAGAAUAUACAGAGUCAAGAAGCCUGAUGAAUUUAACCGUCCAAGGAUACCUUUAAGUGAACGUAAAGUGAAAAGGUCUAAGAUAUUUAUUACAAAGAAGACAAACAAACGGAGAAAAGGUACAAUCAAGAAUAAGCCAACUGUUGUAAAAGGAAAAAAGCCAACCAAAGCAGCUUAAUUAAAUUCAACUGACAGAGCCAUCCACAUUGCUCCACAAUAUCAAAGGACCAGUUUAUGUUGAUACCAGAUUUUGACAAAGUAUCACAAGUAUGCAAUCUUUUUAAAUGACUGAGCUAGUAAGGAAGUUAUUUUAAACACUAUAAUCUGUUACAGAGCUCGUUUGUAAAAAUUGUUUUGAUGGCAAUAGUAUUGUUGCCAUUUAUCUUACACUGUCCACUAGAACAAAUAAGAGCACACCCACACUUACUGAAGGUUUUUGUAUUUUUUAUGGUCUCUGUUAAUGAUUGAAUCAGUUUCGCAUUGGGCCGCUACAGUGCUUGUUGAAAAAGACUGGGUUUAUUGUAAGAAUAAAUUUUGAAAGAAGGUGUGGCAAUCUUACAAAAGAUUCCAAGAUGAAACUGUCUUUCAAACUUAAGAGAUUUGUGUACCACCAAUACUUUUUAAAUCUUCCUUGAGUACUUGUGAAAAUAAUCACUUUGUAUUGUAAGCUUGAUAUUUUUGAAUCUAAUUCAUUAAUAAUUAAAAAACAAAUGGGUUUCAAGGAGAUAGAAAUGUGUUCCAUCUUAUUUGCUUUUGCCUGUACUAUUUAUUUUGCAAAUUUUGGUUCUUUGAAAUUGACCCACUAUUGAAUUCUGAAAAAUGUGUAAAAUUUGUUAGCCUUAAUUAAAAAGGUUCAAAGUUUGUUCGUAUGUAUUUGCUUGUUAUUUUAUAAUGCUACUUUUUGUUUGGAAUUUGUUUUUAUACCCUGUUUCUGAUAUGGAGUCUGUCGUAAUUCAUGGUCAGUAUUGUAAGAGUAAUGUUUGUGGAUUUCUAAGAGUCACCUGUCUUAGUUGUUAAGCAAAGUCUCCAUUAAGUAUUUAAGGAGUAUGCUGUGUUACAUCCAUGCUGGUAUCUGUCUUUGAAACAUUGUUUGUUUGCACGUGUGUAACUAAUCGGAUGAUAAAUUGCACUCUCCGUUAAAUAAAAACCCAAUUUUAGUUACCUUGUUGCAUUUAAAUGUGAACUAAUGUUGUUAGCCAACAUGGCACAUCUACAUUAUUUGGUUGGUAGAUAUACCAUUUGAAUGUAGUCUUAGUCCUGUCCUUCAAUAAUGCAUAGGUUUGAAGAUGUCCUUCAUUCUUCAGUCAUUUGUCUAGUGUGUUAUUGAAUACGGAAUAAUUUUCAAAAAGUAGUGUUUAACUGCUCUGACUUUUGAGUGUUAAAUGCAGUAAGUGGCUCCUUAAACACCACCAUUUUAAGGCUGUGCUGGGAAAACUGUUCCAUGGUAGCUGGUAUCCAGGGAUACUUUAUAAAGCUAGUACUGAAUCUAUUAAUUUUCUUCCUUAAGUCAAUGUUCAGUUUUCAUGCCGACCUUAAGUCUUGAGGUAAUGUUAGUACAAAUAUUGAAUUUUAGCAAAUUGUGAUGGUCAGUUGAGUUUAGUAAAAAUGUGCUUUCAUUUCAGUUCAGGAGACAUUUUUUCGAAAAGAAUGCUUGUCAGGAGGUUUUGUGUGUAUUUAUCUUGACAGUGGUGUUUCGGUGCACGCGCAGGUGCGGGUGGCUUUACCUACUCACAGCGGCCAUGGCGCCUUACGGGCAGAGUCAGUAGGCAAAUCCGCUCACACCGGCAUGUGCUCUGCAACAUCCAGUAGUUACUUUGGCAUUACUUUGAACAAAAAAAAAAAAAAAGAAAAAGAAAGAAA